AUGUCUUCCCCAUCCACUCAGCCUACCUCGGAUUUGGCAUGCACUGUUAUUGAGGAGGUUCACAAUGAUUCCUUGCUGGACGCAGAUGACAUGGCCUGUAUCAUAAGUCAGUCGAUGUCCACAAUCCUUGACUCUGGCACGACCUCCACCUUAAUCACUGGCUACAUCUUCCAACUUCGGGUCGCAGAUCUCAUGAUCAGAGGCAAGACACAUCACCUGUGCCUUACCAAUUGUCUCCAUGCUCCUGGUGCCAUGAUCAACCUCCUAUCUGUCAGUUAUAUGGUGGAGAAAGGCUGGGUGGUCAGCUUCUUAUCUGCUGCCGCACACUGUCAACUUACCUUCUGGGGAACACCUAUCGGGGAGAUUCCCAUGACUGGGAAGUUAGUCUUCCUUGACUUAUGGUUUGUUUGUCCAGAAGACGCCUCUCCUUCAUUGCCUCAGGAGCUCUCAGUGUUUGCGCAUGUUCCCAUCACAUGGGAUCUUUGGCAUGCGUGCAUGGGCCACCCAGGUGGUGAUGCUGUCAAGCAACUUCCUCUUAUAGCCAAAGAUGUCACAGUCACACACACCAUGCCUCUGCAGCAUUUCAUCACACCUCAUGGCAAACUCCACUUUAUUAUCUUUCUCAAUGACCACACCAAUUCCCUCAACAUCUGA